ACACAUGUGCCCAGGCCCUGUCUUCACCCUUCCCUAAGGAAUCACAACUUCUCCAUUGGAGAGUGAAGCUACUGGAGUGUUUUGUGAAGGGCUGGUUUCCAGAGACAUAGAAGGAGAAACUGAAACUGUUUCGCUUGUCUUUAGGUGUUGCCGCUGGGAUGUAUUGAGUUUGCAAUCUCAUGAGCUCAGAUGUCAGAAGACCGACUUGUAAGGUGCAGUCAGCUGACACCAUGGCAGCCACAUGACCUGAUGUUUCAUCAGGCAGAUGCCACUCUCUUUCCCACGUCCACCUCCCUGACUGCUGGGGAGCCCUUGGGUCACUGCUUAGGUAGUGGGGGGGUCAUCCUUCAUGUGUGAGGACCUGUUCCUUCUAUGUGUGUUGUGCUGCAGCUGCUUUGACAGUAGCUCCUUGGAGCCCUGCAGGGAAAAUAAAUUCUGCAACCCCAUGGCAGACUCCAGACUCUGCUCUCCCUCCUCUGUAGGUUCUUGACUCAUCUCAGCAUUGGUUGGAUCCUGAAAGGUAUGAGAAAUAGACAGAGGCCCCACCACAAUAUUUGGACAACAGCCUGAGUCAUGAACUGAUACAAUGUCACCUCUCAUCUUGUUACUCAUUAGCUAGAUCUUUGCCACCUUUGGCAAACUGCAGACGGCCUCUAGGCUAUUUUCAGCGUCUGUACCUUCAUCUGCAUUGCAUUUACAGUUCACCUGCAGCCUCCUUCUGUAUCAAGUGUUCUUCAUGCGUGAGGAACAUGGCGUAAGUGUGGAGUUUCAGCAGGUGUACAUUUAUCUCUGGGCAGCUUUGUAGCUUCUCCCUCCCUUUUGCUGAGUAAAGGGAAACUUAUUGUUUGUUUCAUACUGGCGGUCUUUCUUUUCCCAUCAAACGUUGACAACCAUCAGGACAUGUUUAUUGCGUCACGGCCCCAUUUGCCUAGAGUAGCUACAGAACUCCCGAGCCUGGACUACGAGCACCAUGCUGAGUCCAGGUUGAAGAAGGAGCAUCACUCUGCUACCACUCUGCGAUGCUCCCUCUGACUGACCACCAGGAGUGGCUUCCAGACUGGACCACCCAUGCCACGCACACAGCCUCAUAGGACAUAAACUACCAGGUUCACUUAGCUUAGCUGGGAGUUUCAGGACAGGGGACACAGCACUGGAUGGCUGGCUCAGGUGCGCUCUUGGAGGUGGCCCUUACAGUGGUCCAGGAGGUACAUUAUCCCCAUUAUCUCGGCUGUUUAAGGAACCAGACUAGGUGAAUAUGUGUGUGAAACUACCCCAGGGGACAUAACCCUGUGGCUUAUCUGCUUACCUUGUAAAGGUUAUGAGCAGCAGCUUCCAAGGAACUAAAAGAGACAUAUCUGAACAUACCAGUCACAGCCCCCUGUGAAUACGGUACCUAUGCUUACCCUUGGCAUUUCAGCUCUGUAUAAAGCCUUCCUAACCAAACGCACUUUAUAUGUCACGAUAGUUUUCCUGUCAAUAAUGUGACCUUGAAAGCCUGCCAACCUCCACUUUGUUGUAACCCAGGACGUUUCCCAGAAAAACCACACGCACACACACACACACACACACACACACACACACACACACACACACACACUAGGAGAAGAGUAAGCCAACAUUGUCUGUAAAGCAACAAAGACCCCAGGCCUCAUGUUAGUCCUUUGUUCCACGUGUCUAAGCCAGUCCCCAAUCCUGCAUGUUCCCUCCUCCUGCGCUCACUCCCAUCUGCUGCCUCCAUUGUCUUCAGCACCCGGCCCCUCAUCAUCUCUCCCCGGAGCCCCUGUGCAGGCAUCCCACCUGAACCUCCCAGGUCCACGCUGGGUCCAUGUGACAGCUCACAGCUCCAGGCACCUCUUCUCUGAUGGGGAAACAUGGGUCAUUGUCCUUCCUCUUGGAAAUGGGUCCCUAAAUGUUAUGUAAUUUAGGAAGUGUCAUAUUUAUGUCAUUGUAGCUCUUGUGAGACCAAAGGCCAGCACUUUUCUGCUCACCAGCCACACGGACAUUUGCAACCUUAUGAUAGAUACUCUGUGUUCCAGGAACAGCUCAUUUCCUCUCCCUAAUGCAUUUUUCCUCUCUUUCAUGCCACGUUUCCUUCAUCUGCUUGAGGUUUCAGUUUAACCCUUGUGUUUACAACUUCGAAUUCUUGGACAAUCCCUUAUUGUCCCCCAUUAUUUGAUUUCUGAACAACAUGCAUCUCUAGUAGUUUUCACGUCUGCUUUUUCACAUCUACAUAUAUGGAUAUGUGGCUGAAUUUUAAUUUGCCAUUACCUUCCAAGUGAAUUUCCAGUUCAUAGUGACUAAAAUCCUCUGUUUAGACUCAUCUUUCUGAUUAUGGCUGUUAGGCCAGUUGCUAGCGUGUAAGUCACCAUCAAGGAAAAUUAGCUGAAGGAUUUUGCCUAGUACUUUGUGGAUUUUUCUCAGGGCUGACAUUCAUUUCAUGUGUGUUUCUAUGUUUUUAGGUAUCUGACUUCUGUGAUCCUAUGAGUAUACCUGUACCAUCUCCAUCCCAUCCAUCCUUAUAUACACACACGAACACACACACACACACACACACACACACACACACAUACACACAGGCUUAGUCUCCUAUCAAUCUCCUUGACAGAAUUCCAGGCUUAUACACGGAUCUUGGUAGAAAAAUAUCAGAUCAUACUUUUGUUUGGUAAAAUUAAAUAAUAAGAAUCAUGAACUGAGAGCAAAGUGUUUAAAAUUAUUAUGAAAUGUCCUUUAUAACAGGUCAGCCAGCUCCUUCCUUUUUUCUCUCUGUUUCUUUGUUUGUUUGUUUGUUUUGGCCUUCAAUAAUUUGGUCUUCAAGCAUCUUUGAUUUCUACACAAUUAGUAUCACUUUCUUUGUACCUUUCUCUGUUGCCUUUCAAUAUUGCCAAUCACGCAGGGAUCUGUGAGUACGAGAAGCCUUAGAAAUCAGGACGGGUGGAAACAGGGGAGUGGCUGGCAUGGCGUCAGGAAUCCUGGUGAACAUACAGGAGGAGGUGACCUGCCCCAUUUGCCUGGAGCUUCUGACAGAACCCUGCAGCCUUGACUGUGGCCACACGUUCUGCCAAGCCUGCAUCACUGCGAACAACAAGGAGUCCAGGACUGGCCAAGAAGGGGAGAGCAGCUGCCCUGUGUGCCGAGUCAGUUACCAGCCUGAGAACCUGCGGCGUAACCAGCUUGUGUCCAACAUAGUGGAGAGGCUCAGGGAGGUCAGGCUGAGUUCAGAGGUGGAGCAGAUGGAAAAUCUCUGUGCGCGCCACAGAGAGAAACUCCUGCUCUUCUGUAAGGAGGAUGGGAAGGUCAUUUGCUGGCUUUGCGAGCGGUCCCAGGAGCACCGUGGUCACCGCACGUGCCUCUUGGAGGAGGUUGCCCAGGAGUACCAGGGGAAACUCCAGGCAAUUCUGAAGAGGCUGAGGGAGGAGCAGCGGGAAGCUGAGAACUUUGAGAUGGAAGUUAGAGAAGAGAUCACUGCCUGGAAGCAUCAAAUGGAAAAUGAGAGACAAAAUGUCCAGGCAGAGUUUAAAGAACUGAGAGCUAUCCUGAACGAUGAGGAGCAGAAGGAACUUCAAAAGCUGAAGGAUGAUGUAGGAGGUAUUCUGCGUAACCUGGCAGACUCUGAGAAUGAGGUGGUCCAGCAGAGCCAGUUGGUGAGAGACCUCAUCUCAGAUCUGGAACAAUGUUUGCAACGGUCAAUGGUGGAGAUGCUGCAGGAUGUGCAUGGCAUCAUAAAAAGGAGUGAGACCUUGACUCUGAAGAAGCCAAAAACCUUUUCCAAGGAACAAAGGAGAGUGUUUCGAGCUCCUGAUCUGAGACUGAUUUUCAGAGUGUUUGAUGUUCCCGUGACCCUGAUUCCUCCAAAGCGUAAAUCAAAUGUUGUCAUUUCUGCGGAUGGAAGACGAAUGAGUUAUGUGCAUACUUUUGGACAAUCCAAUGCAUAUCUGAAUGGUGAUUAUCAAGACCCUGGUGUCCUAGGCUCCCCAUUUAUUACAAGAGGAAAACAUUACUGGGAGGUAGAUGUGUCACAGAAACGUGCCUGGAUCCUUGGGGUAUAUGAUGAAAACCGACACAGAAAUUUUAUGAGAGUUUUAUCCCAAGAACAUGAAAAUUAUCAACCUGUUUGCUUGCAAUAUCAACCUAAAUGUGGCUACUGUGUUAUAGGGUUACAGAAUUAUCAAUAUUAUGCUUUUGCCCAGUCUCCCUCCUCUGAUCCCUUAAAGAUACCCCUCUCCCUGAGUGUUCCUCCCAGGCGUAUUGGGGUUUUCCUAGACUAUGAUGCUCGCACUGCCUCAUUUUUCAAUGUCACAAACAAUGGGUCUCUCAUCUAUAAAUUCUCUUCGUGUUCCUUUUCGCAGAAAACGCAUGCAUAUUUCAAUCCUAUGAAAUGUGAGGCCCCCAUGACUCUGUGCUUGCCAGGCUCCUGAACCUUGUAACACUCACACCUACUUCUUUCUCCUGCCUCUUCUUGUGCGUGCAUCUAACCUGCCUGAGCUCAUCUGCACCAUCCCUCCAUUUUCCUUUGUUCUAUCUUUUUUUUUCCAUUUGAAUGUUUUUCAUUCAUCAGUUAGGCUAUUCAACUGGCCCUGUGUUUUAUUUUUUUUGUCUAAUAUCAUGUCUAGAUUAGGAGAAAAUCUUAAUUCAUCAUUUUCUACACCCCAAGAAAAAGUGAUUAAUGCCGUACAAAGGAGCAGUCCUGAUGGAACACCUCUGCAAAUUUUUACAGCCUCAUUUCCUUUGGCACUGACCAAGAAGAGGAAGGGAUGCUUCUUAAAAAUUUCAUAUAUUAUCAAAGCCUUUGUAUUUACUUGUCAUUUACUAAAGUGUGAUCCUGAGUGGUGUCUCAGUUUACCUAUAUUGUCCCUUACUCCCCAAGGAAUUAAGGAGAAAAUAUCACAAAUAACAUGUACUAAGAGUGGGAAUUUUGUAUCCAGAGUAUGUGACUUCAAGCCCUGUCUCUCCACAUAUGAGCAGUGAAACCUUGAAAAACAUACUAGAACACUCUGUUUAUUUUCUUAAAAUGAUCUUGGUAUGAAAACUGCACCAUAUAUAAGAUCAUUGUGAGUAGAUAAAUGUUAUUAAGUAUAAAGCAUCUAUUCUUCUCAACUUAACAAUAAAUAUUAGAUUUGUUCAUUACUGAGAAAUAUAACCCGUGUCAGUGUCUCAUUAACAGGUUUGUGCCUUCAGGGGCACAAGGGUUGUUUUUACUGUCGUCUCAUUUUGCAGAUUCUAGAUGCCUCUGUGCUGCUGACAAGACUACUCCAGCUCUCCCUGCCAUGGAAAACUGUGUGUGUGUGACCACAAGUAGAAUUUUAUUAUAAUUCUGGUGUUGCUACACACUGGUUCUUUACAAGUAAACUAAAUUCUAUGGAAUUGUUUCUCAUUUGUAAAAAAAUUACCUGAUCAAUAUUGUGAAUAUUAAACAAUACACUGUUUGCAAUAGCGUCUGUAAUUUCUAGGAUAUAAGUGGUGGUCCAAUAUGAUAUGUAUUUAUUUUUUGUCUCCUUCUUCCUAUGACCAAGAUAAAUCAUUUUUAGAAUAUAUGCUAGUUUGUAUUCAACAUUAUUACCGUUGCUAUGUUUUAAGAACUGAAUAAAUUGAUCAAUGAA